AUGUUAUUCCAAUCUCAUCAUGUUAUAUUCCUUGCUAUGCUUAUCGCACCUUUCACUUUAGCAAAAAACAACACAACAAUUCAAUGCAAAGGUGGAUUUGCUGCAAAUAUCACUGUAGGCAUGUGCAAUGACAGGGGUGGCGAACAGUAUCUUUGUCCAACGCCCCAGUGCGGAAAAGAUGGCCAUCUCUGGGUACCAAUGGCCGGUUGCUUAUACCACGCAAUUCUUGGCUCUGGCAUAAGUGAUCAACAGUGUACAAGUUACAAUAUGGAAAGGAAGGAUGCCUUUACAUGUAUCAACUCAGGGGAUGCGUGGUAUUCUUGUCCUUAUACACCAGAUACUGUUCCCUUCAUCACAUGCUCAAACUGCACAUUGCCACCGAAAGCCACAGGUGGGGGGCCUAUACAAGGAACCCCAAUUGUGUCCUAA